CUCUGAAUAAAUCUAUCAACCGGAGCUUGCGGGCGUCACGUGUCUUCCUCCACAGUAGGCAGGGCUGCCCCAGCCAGGAGGGGAAUGCCGAUUUCUUUGUCUAGUCUCGCUUGAGAUUUGGCUAGGGACGGAAGCGGAGGCACAGGACGGGCAAGCAGGACGGAGUACAUGGCGGGAGAUUCGAGGGUCGAAAGCGCCGGGGACUUGCUAGCCGCAGCCCACGAGCACUUCGAAGAGCGGCAGCACGAGAGGGCGGAGGAGCUCUACAGCCAAUACAUCCAUCACUGCGCAUGCUCCACCAUGAGCAAACACCUUUGCCAUGAUCUGGCAACAGCACUUAACAACAGAGGACAAAUUAAAUAUUUCAGAGUUGAAUUUUAUGAAGCUAUGGAUGAUUACACGUCAGCUAUACAAGCACAACCAGAUUUUGAAAUCCCUUAUUAUAACAGAGGAUUAAUAUUAUAUAGAUUAGGAUUCUUUGAUGAAGCCUUGAAGGAUUUCAGGAAGGUGUUAGAACUAAAUCCUAAAUUUGAAGAUGCUUCUUUGAGUUUAAGACAGACUCUCCUUGACAAAGAAAACAAGUUAAGAAGAGGUUAUUGAAGUCCAGUGUGUCGAAGAAACAGGUUGUGAGCCUGGAAUAUUUGGUAAAGACGUAAAUUUCCUGAGUGUGGGGGGAUAAGGGUGUUACUUCUCAGUUUUGAAUAGAUCAUUUUUUCCGUGCAAAGUAAUCCUUAAGAUAUCAAACAUUUGGCAUGACUAUUUACAGCACUUUAAUUACAUGAAGAUUUAUUUUAUUCUGUAAAAUAAUUUGGCCCUAUGUAUAUUGGCAACGUAUAUAAAACAAAUUUUCUUGAUAACCAGCUAUUUCCUCAUUAGAACAAUAUUACACUGCAUUAAUAAGCAAUAUCAAAGAUAUGAUUUAGUGCAGAACUUCUACAUGUUAACAUUGGUGAUUCUCCAUAAUGCCUAGUAAUAUUGAUUGGCUUAAAAGUAUACAGUAUAUUAUAACAUG